AAAAUUUUGAAGUUUUGUACUUGUAGGUUAUGUUAAUUCGCUUCUCUUAUAUAUAUGGUUCUCAAAUGAUUAUGAACUUUUGGUAAACAACAAAAUGCACUUUAUUUUGAUAGGAAAAGAUGGUGCAAAGUUUUAUUUGCUACCAAACACUUCGUAUACUGUCGGACGAAAAGACUGUGAUUUACUAAUUGUGAGGGACGAGUCAAUUAGUCGCAGACAUGCGGAAUUAGUAGUAACGAAUGACAAAGUGAGUAUUAUGGACGUUGGUUCGCGAUACGGUACCUUUAUCAACAAUACAAAACUUACGAUCAAUGCCAGCUCAGUAUUACAAGAUGGUGCUACAGUCAAAUUCGGAAUGCUCCAGUCGAUCUAUAAAUUUCAAGCGGUGUCAAUAGUGAAUACGACCUCCGGAAUUAAAAGCGAACACAAAACUCAAUUGAAAGACAAUAUGGUGACUCUCGGUGGACUGCUGGUGCAAAACUGGAAAAAGGACUGCAAUUAUGUUACAGUGGAAGAGAUGAUGCUAACAGUUAAGGUCCUUUCCGCCGUAAUAGCCGGCGUUCCCAUUGUAAAUGUGAGCUACUGGGAUGACUAUGUCAAGUGCGUAAAAGCGCACGAACCGCUUCCCGACGUUAAGAACUACGUACCGAAAUGUUCAGAGGUGAUUAUCAACGACAAUAUCUCAUUUGAGUACAAGGAGGAAAGAAGAGAGCUGUUUAAAAAUAAACUGUUCGUGUUUCCCAAAAAGAGUGAUAAUGAGAAAAUGGUUGGUUUAAUUAAUUUAGCAGGUGGCGACUCUGUGUCUUGGGAUAUACAUCCUAUAAGUGUUGAGAAAAUAGCGAAUGAAGAUUCGAAGGAUUAUAUAGUAAUGCAAACAAGUAACAUUAAUGACAAUAUUAAACAAAAUCCAUCGUUGGCCGAUUUUCUGCACCAUUACACGAAACUGGGAAAUCGAACAAUUCCCUUACAAGAAAUAGCGUUGGCGAUCAUCAAUUGCUCGUGCGAAAAAGACUGUAACCCGAAAUUCAAUCGAAAAGCGUGCGUUUUUAAGGCUAGCACUCAACAGGUGGCGCGCAGUGAGGCGUGUUUGGCUAUGCCCACGCAGUCGAUGGAUGUAAUGAGCGAACAAGUAAAUUUUAAAAGCGAGACCGUGAUCCCUCAGUCUUACGAUGUUGACAUGAACGUAACCAAUAAAACUGAGCUUAGUGACGAUGUCGUAUAUGAAGAGACCACCGACGAUCGUAAAGCGGUAGUGGUAAUAAGCGAUUCAUCGUCCCCUGUGAAAAGAGAAAGUGACUCGAAUCAUAACGAGAGGGAAAGUAAACGAAUUAAAGUUGACGAAAGCCUUAAAGAAGACCAAUCGGAGACACUCCAAGAGCAAAAGGUAAACACUCAGAAGCCGGUCUCAGGAAAGUCCCUUUUCGCUUUUGCUCACACGAAUAUCGCAGCGGAAAAUUCAAAUUCGAGCGCGAUCAUCAAUCCUUUUUCACGAAAACGCAAAGCGGAGCCGAAUGUCCAGGCAAACUCGUCAAAAGGACAGACUGGUGUAGAUAACGCAACCUCGCCCGUAUCAGGUAAUAAGGUGUUGAAUCCCUUUUCGAACCUCUUCCAAAAACAAUCGACAAACAUAGACCAAAGGCAGACUGUGGACAGUACGAAGGUGACGUCGACACCUAAACCAAAACCAAAGGGAAGUGUACCCGCAAACGAGCUCAACAGUUUAGAGGUCGACUUCUCGGCAAUUCCCGUCGUCGACAGCGGGCUUGAAAAGAGUUUCCAAUGGUAUACGAGAUCGGCGGACAAAUCAAUGGAUUCCACAACCAAAUCGGAAGAUGAUAUGGACGAAGAUAUGUUGCGUUUUAUUAAUUCAUUUAAGGAUGCGAUUAUCGUCGAGACCGAGGAUAUGGUUAUUAAGAAGGAAAAAGUUGUGGGGAAUGGCGUCAGUUGUUUGAGUGAUGUGACAAACUUUAAAAGGUUUAAAAAGGUUCAACCGUUACACAAGCAAAAGAUUAUUAUUCCCGAAUCGAAGUAUGUGAGCAUCGUCUGUAGUAACAAUAACGAAGGGGAGGAAUACGUUCAAGAUUUGGCCGAAGAACAAGAAACUGACAAUAUGGAUAGCGAACCUAUAAGGCCAGUCGGAAGGCAAUACGUGUUUUAGGUCGAUUGUAUUUUUCCUCAAUAAUUCCACAUGUUUUCGCCCGAGCCUCCAAGAUCUGUGUUAUCAAUGCGCGUAUUAUGUUUUGUAUGUUUAGUAACUGUAAGACAACUUCGUGUAUUAAAAUCUUUGGAACGUU